AUGAAGGAGGGCAAGAGCAUGUACCAGUGCAUGGUGCGCAGCGGAGAGGAGAGCGCUCAGUCCAACGGGGAGCUGAUCCUUGGAGCCGUGGCCCCAGAGCUGCUGUCGACGUUCAUCGAGCAGACCCUGCAGCCGGGCCCGCCGGUGUCUCUGCGCUGCGUGGCCUCGGGCAACCCACCGCCCCGCUUCACCUGGCAGCUGGACGGCGCCGACGUGCCACCGCGCGGCUACGUGCUGGGCAGCUUCCUGGACCCGGAGGGCAGCGUGGUCGGCCACCUCAACGUCUCGUCGGCGCGCGUGCUGCACGGCGGGCUGUACGCCUGCGUGGCGCGCAACCUGCUGGGCGCGGCGCACCACUCUGCCGCGCUCAACAUUUAUGGACCUCCAACACCGCGCUUGCCUCAAAACCUGACGGCGGUGGCGGGCGCUGACGUGUUCCUGCGCUGCCCCGUGGCGGGGUUCCCCAUCUCGAGCGUGGUGUGGCAGCGCACAGGCGCCGUGCUGCCCUCGCACCUGCGCCAGAAGGUGCUGUCCAACGGCACCCUGCUAGUGCGGCAGGUGGACGGCUCGUCCGACAAGGGCGAGUACCUGUGCACCGCCACCAACCAGCAGGGGCAGUCGGCGCAGGGCCGCAUCUACCUCGACAUCAUGAGGGAUGUUUCGGACGCCGAGGGGUGGUUUCAGGACCCGGACGUGGUGCAGGAGCAGAGGCGGGAGUUCGGCAGCACGCUGAUGUUCAGCAACCUGGCGGCGCGCCACUCGGGCCACUACACGUGCAUCGCCAGCAACCCCGCCGCCACCGCCAACCACACGGCCCAGCUCGUCGUCAAGGAUCAGAGCAACGACUACGCCCCGAUAGAGUCGGGUCCGAACGUCAACGUUUACGGCAACGGGUCCUUACUCAUACGGGCCGUGGAUUCUCUGGACGCGGGCCAGUACAUGUGCCAGGCCAGUAACGGCAUAGGAGCCGGUCUCAGCAAGGUUGUCCUGCUCAGAGUGAACGUGCCGGCGCACUUCAGGACGCACGCGGUGAACCAGAGCGGCGUGGCGGGGCAGAGCGCCGUGCUGGUGUGCGAGGCGGAGGGAGACCGCCCGCUGCGCGUGGCCUGGGCGGCGGCGGCGCGCGGCGCCUACAGCGGCGGCGGCGGCGGCGGCGGCAGGCUGCGCGAGCGACACACGGCGGCGGGCGUCGCCCUAGAGCUGCGCCUCGACAACCUCACGAGGCGCGACAGCGGCCGCUACAGCUGCUCGGCGGCCAACGACUUCGGCGAGGACGAGAUGACCUUGCUGCUCACCGUCAAAGAGCCGCCCGAGGCGCCCGAGCACGUGGAGGUGGCGGAGGUGGGCAGCCGCUGGCUGAAGGUGGCGUGGUCGCCGCCGCCGCCCGGCCGCGCGCCCGUCUCGCACUACGUGCUGCAGUUCCAGGCGGGCGCCGGCGGCGGCUGGGGCAACGUGACCACGGGCGGCGCGGCGCGCUCCGCCCGCCUGCCCGGCCUGCGCGCCGCCGCGUCCUACGUGGUGCGGCUGCUGGCCGUCAACGAGGUGGGCGCGAGCCCGCCCAGCCGCGCCGUCGCCGCUACCACCCUGCAGGAAGGGCCUCCAGAGCAGUGCGUGUGUCGGCAGCCGCCGCUGGCCGCGCACGCGCACGGCGACGUGCUGGGCUACCAGGUGACGUACCGCGACCAGGCGGGCGGCUCGCAGCAGGCGCGCACUGUCAGGGGCCACGCGCGGCGAGAGGUGUCGCUCUCCGGGCUGCGCCAGUUCGCCGCCUACGAGGUGGCCGUCAGCGCCUUCAACCUGGUGGGCGCCGGCCCCGCCUCGCCGCCGCUGCUCGUCACCACACUGGAGGGUGUUCCAGACGCGCCCCCGCGGGACGUGCGCUGCGCGGCGCUGACGUCACAGAGCCUGCGGGUGCGCUGGGAGCCUCCUGCGCAGGAGCACUGCAACGGCCUGGUGCAGGGCUACAAGGUCUUCUACAGGCACGCCAACCCCAGCAGAGGUGCGCAAGCCAGCGUGGAGGUGAAGAAGACCACCAACCUGGAGACGAACCUGCACGGGCUGGCCAAGUACACCAACUACAGCGUGCGGGUGCUCGCCUUCACGUCGGCGGGAGAGGGCGUGCGGUCCAGCCCCGUACACUGCAUGACCGAGGAGGACGUUCCAGGGCCACCAGAGAUGGUGAAAGCGCUGGUCAUGACUUCGGACAGUAUUCUUGUGGCUUGGACUAGACCUUUAGAGCCUAAUGGGAACAUCAUCAAGUAUUACAUUUAUAUUCGCUUGAUGCUGAAUGGGAACCAGGACACGCAGAAGGACGUCGUGUUCGGGGACCGAGAGCUGGUGUUCGAGGCCCGCCAGCUGAAGGAGUUCCAGCGGUACGAGUUCUGGGUGACGGCCGCCACGCUCGUGGGCGAAGGUCCCAGCAGCCCCCGGGUGUCUCAGUCGCCGCGUGGUAAUUCUGGUAACCUAUUCGGGGAAUGGUUUACAAAUAACUUCAACUAUUGGAGGUACAGGAACAAUACAAAGCAUAAAUGCCUGGUGCCGGCGCGCAUCGCCUCAUUCUCCCGGCGCGUGGUGGCGCUUUCGGGGGCCGCGCUCACGCUGCCCUGCCGCGCCGUGGGGCUGCCGGCUCCCUCCAGGUCGUGGCGGGGUCCAAAGGGCGGGGCCGUGUCCUCGCGCCACCGCCUGCUGCCCGACCACGCGCUGGCCCUCGGGCAGCUGCGGCCCGACGACGCCGGCAACUACACCUGCCUGGCCGAGAACGUGUUCGGCCGCGACGAGGUCACCUACACGCUGGCCGUGCUCGUCGCCCCGGGCGCCCCGGUACUCAGCGUGGCCGGCGCUUCAUCGCAGAGCCUCACCGUCGUGUGGAGGGUCCCCGACACCGGCGGCAGCCCCAUCACAGGGUACACCCUAAACUACAGAAGAAACAAUGAGGAGUGGCAGAAAGUGUCUUUCGACUCCGAUCAGAAGCUGUACAUUCUAAAUGGAUUGAAGUGCGGCUCGACGUACCAACUCUCGCUGGCUGCCACCAACUCUGUGGGCACGGGAAAGUCGAGCUCCACCAUCGCUGCUGCCACCAAAGGAGGAGCGCCCCGCGUGCCUGCCAUGGAGGACUUCAUCGCCAUCAACUCGACUUCGGCGACGCUCUACCUGGAGGCGUGGCCGGACGGCGGCUGCCCCGUGCAGAGCUUCUCCGUGAAGUACCGCUCGCGCGGCCAGACGGGCUGGACGGAGGCCGGGCCCCGCCACGUGGCGCCGCGCGAGGAGCUGGUCAUCCCGGGCCUCGCGCCGGCCGCGUGGUACGCCGUGCGCGUGGCGGCGCGCAACGACGCCGGCUCCAACCAGCACGAGUACGUCUUCGCCACCCGCACCCUGCGAGGAGAGAUCACAAUUCCAGAUCUUGAACCAAACACUGAUGAAAAGCAAAAUGGCAUAAUUUAUGCCCACCUCAGUGUGGUCAUCCCCGUGCUGUCGGGAAUCAUCUGCACCAUUGCUGUGACCAUUUGCGUGUGCAUCUUUGUCCACAGAAGGCACUACGCCGGCUACAAGCAGGACGACGGCAACUACGAGGCCAAGUCGCUGGCCGAGCUGGAGAACCAGCGCAACUCGAGCCAGCAGGAGGCGGGCCACGGCCAGUCGGCGCAGCUGUACUCGCCCUCGCCCGCCAGGAAGGGCGACUCCUCCCUCAGCGCGCAGAAGGGCAGCGACACCUCCGCAGGCCAGGACUACGAGAUCUGCCCGUACGCCACGUUCAGCCUGCCGGGCGCGGGCAAGGCGGCCAGCGUCCAGAACACGGACUACUACAUGCAGUUCCAGACGUUCGGCCAGCAGGAGUGCUACUCGGCACAGCCGCGGGCCUCGCGCAAGCAGCACGCCGCCCGCGCUCGGGCCCGCUCCGGCUCGCGAGAGACCAAGCUGGCCAGCUCCUCCAACAGUCCGCCCGACGGGCUGAGCCUUGAGAUAUCGUGCAUCUCGAGCCAGCAGACGUUGCCCAUGUCCGCGGCGGGCCCCGCCAAGUGCAGCAAAUCGGCUCUCGCGUACCACGCAGCGCCACGCAGCGCCGGUGAGGCUCGCUCCAACUCCGACAGCAGCGGGGGCGGAGGCGCUGACCGGGCCCCUCAGUUCCCGCACAGGGCUGCCAACACGUCGCGCGAAGAGUCGGUGUUUGAGCUGGACUCGAGCACAGAGUCCAUGGAGGGGUCUCAGGAGCCGAGCCACCGACCGUGCAGGGGGCCUCAGCAGCGCGCGAUGUCCUCCAGACAGGCUUGUGGCUGCUCGAACGGCCCGCAGACGAUCUCGCUGACCCCGCCCUCUGCCUUCUCCAACUGCCAGCUAGGACCACCGGAGCAAGACUACACCUGCAAGAAGACCAUCUCCGCACUGCCGCUGUUCCACCACGAGGAGGUGGAGCGGGAACUCUCGUCGCUCAUCAACAAGUACAGGCAGAAAAAAGACAGGGAGAAACAAGACUAUACAAUUCGUGUGUAGUGUUGUUGGACAAGUGACUUACCAGAAAAAAAAAGUGUGCUGAGAAGAAAAACAUUCAGUAAACUCUGAUAGAAAUGAAAGUGUGAAGACUAACGAAUUUGCCUUGCCGAUUCAAAUAUGAACUUCGAAAUUUACACAGUGUUUUAAUGUGUUGCUGUGUCUAAUGAAUACAAUCCUUUCAAAAGCGACAUACAAGAAAACAUUUUUGACCAAGAACAGCUAACUCGUUAUGAUUAAUUUUUUUAAAAAAUAAACAUUAAAUAAUAGCCUGGCUGUUGUAUUUAUAUAUUUUUUGUUGUACUUUUAAAAAAAAUCAUAGUUUAUAUACGACACUACUGACCUAAUUUGAAUCAAAAAAUUUGAAAACAAAUAUGCACCUGUACCUAAUGAGAAACUAAAAUAUAAAUUUGCAAUAAGCUUUCUGUAUUAAAAUAAUACUAUUUAACCAUUAUUGACAGCACAUCAGGGUCUUAACUUUACUGUAGCUUUUCAGUUAUGUCUAAACUACUACUACUACAUAUGUGAAGGUAAGAUUGAAAAUUAACUACCAAGCUCUAAGCCCAAUUUACAAAUGUUGUUUCCAGAUUGUAUUUAACAAUUUUUCUUCUUAUAGUCACACCUUUGUCGCACACUGAAAAAAACAUACAAGCUAUGUGUUAAAGGAUUGGAUGCAAAUACGUAACUGUGAACCCAAGUGCCUAAUGAUCUUCGCAGCAUCCCUCCGACAUCUGCUAUCUAAAUAUUGGUACUGCCAUUUUCAGACGGGACAAUACCCUGCGUAAAAAUUAAUUUUUUGUUCUAGCUGAAAGAGCUAUCAGUUCAAGAAUCUGUCACGACACAAUGAACAUGACAAUAUAUUUUAAAUUUUUUUUUACUGCAGUGUAUUUGUAUCAAAACUGAUGAAGCAUUUAUAAGUGAAACACCUAUGCCCAAAGCUGAAUUGAAGACACAAAAAUGUGUAACCUAAUGGUCUUGUACUGCAACAAGCCAAAAGCAAAUAGCUCUGAAUUAAUUAAUUGAACGGUUCAUUUUUACUGGACUCAUGUGAAAGCCUUGUCAUAUUUCUUUUAAACAGACAGAAGUUUCAAAAUAUUCUUUGAUUUUUUUUGGUCAUACCAUUCGCAGAUAUACAUGCUGAGAGU